AUGUCUUCUCAAGCCGAGUCAAGCGAUGACCCAUGGAAUAAAAAGACGAGGAGCAAGUUCAAUAACAAAUCUAAGAGCGAAUGGUUUGAUCCUUGUCAAGAAGCCGCUUCACGAAGCAUUGCUUGCCUGAAUCGAAAUGGCGGGGAUAGGCAGAUGUGCACUGAUUACUUCGAGUGA